AUGAAUCAACUUGAACGUGUUGGUGCUAGUGGAUCAUAUAUAAAUCGACGUGAAGUAACAAAACGUUUUCGUGUUCCACCUGGUUGUUAUAUUAUUAUGCCGAGUACAUAUGAUGCUGAUAAACCAGGUAAAUUUCUCUUACGUAUGUUUACUGAGAAACAAGCAGAUCAAGCACAACUUGAUCAAGAUAAAGAAGAUUUGACGGAAUCUGAUGUCUUCUUUCAAGAUGAGAAUGUUGAUAGUCUAUUCGGUGAAUGGUCAAAUUUAUUAGGAAUAGAUACAGAAGAAAUAGCACCAAAACCAAUUAAUCCGGAUAUUGGUGGUAUCUUUCCAAGUCCACAUCCAGAAUUACCAAGCAAUUAUGAUGGUGGUGAUAUAGAUGAGAAUCAAAUGUAUCCUCAAAAACGAUUCUGCUCAAUAAUGUAA